AUGGGCUUUGUUUGGCAUAUACAAGGUAAAUCUGCAUCUGGCCUUUGUUGGAAAGAGUUGCUCAUCCAUGGUAAUAUAAGCUCCCGACAAUUUUACUAUAGUGUCAAACAACCUAAAAGUGCAACAACACAAAUCAAUCUCUUGGAAGAAAUAGCUAACAAAGCAGGUUUGAAAAUCUCCGUAGAAAAAACUAAAUUUAUUACAAAUAUCAAGAACGCUCAAAAAUUUUUAACUACAGAUAUUGGUCCAGUGGAAAAAGUAAAGAAAUUCAAAUACCUGGGAGAAAUAAGUCAAGAAAAUGGUUUAGAAAAAUCUGCAGUAGAAGAAAGAGUACGCAAGAUGGAAAGGGCGUAUAUAGUGAAACCGGAAUGCUUAUACGCGAGUGAAUGCUUGGUACUAAAUUAUAGAGUAGAUAAAUUAGAAGUACUAGAAAGGAGAAUCAUGAGGAAAAUUUUAGGUACAGUGAAAACAACAGAAGAAUGGAAAUUAAGAUCUAAUGAUGAAAUAUACAGGAACAUAGAAGGCAUAACAAAAACGAUAAGGAAAAGAAGACUGCAAUUUUUUGGUCAUAUUUAUAGAAUGGAUGAUUCCAGACUAACAAAAAGGAUACUCAUGUACCUUUGGGAGAAAAAGACAAUAGCUAGCUGGAUAAAAGGAAGAUUGAAGAAGAAACCUGGUGCGAAGUGGUCUGAGAACAGAAAGAUGAAGGAGGGAACGGAAGAGAAAACAGCUAAGUGUGAAGAAUUGAAAUUGGCACGUGAUCCCUAG